AUUUUGUGUUAGGCCCACUCUUCCUAAGCGGGAGAAAACUAUUAGUCCGGCGCGCAGCACGUACGGACGCUUACUGCGGCACCGAAGCGAACCACGGCGUGACCCGAGCAUCCAACCGGAUAUAACGGGGGACGGACGCCGUCGGGAGGGAGUGAAGUCGGUACUUUUCCGCCGAACACGGAAACGUUUUUGUAGGAGCCGUCGUCGGCCUCUAGGUGUCACGGGUGUUAGUUGACCUGUUGCCAUGGAGGGAGAGGUAGUUUCCAUGGAGACCACUCAGGGCCCCGAUGGAAAGGACCUGCCAGAGAGUGGAGAUGCUAUGAUACAAGGGGCAGUCAUGGCUGCACAGGGGGAUGUGGGUGAUAACAUGGAGAUGAUGGUGAUGGACGCUCUCGAUCCCACUCUGCUGCAAAUGAAGACUGAGGUGCUGGAGGGCGGAGGCACGGUGACUGUCACUGGUGGAGACGAAGGACAGAUCAUCACGCUCCAGGUGGUGAAUAUGGAGGAGCAGGCAGGAGCUGCAUUAGGUCUUGGUCAGCUUCAGUUGGUGCAGGUACCUGUCACAACAGCAACCGUUGAGGGGCUCCAGGCCACCUACGUUGAUGCAUCAAUCGCUAACAAAGACACAGAUCCCGUUAUCUGUCACACUCUUCCCUUGCCAGAGGGCUUCCAGGUGGUAAAAGUGGGAGCCAAUGGUGAGGUAGAGACUGUAGAGCAAGAGGAGCUUCAGGCAGUCCACGAGGAGCUUCAAGAGGUGAGGGGAGAGGAGGAGGAGGAAGAAGAGCCAGCAGAAGUAGAAACCACUGUGCCUUUACAAGAAGACCCAGAAUGGUCCAAGGACCCAGACUACCAGCCCAUCAGUGGUAUACGUAGUAGAGGGAAGAAAGGAAAGAAGAGCCGCCUGCGCUACGGAGAGGGCAAUCGUGACAUGGAUGUUUCUGUGUAUGACUUCGAAGAAGAGCAGCAGGAGGGGCUGCUGUCAGAAGUGAAUGCUGAGAAGGUUGUGGGAAACAUGAAGCCACCAAAGCCCACCAAGAUCAAGAAAAAAGGUGUGAAGAAAACUUUCCAGUGUGAGUUGUGUAGCUACACCUGUCCUCGACGCUCCAACCUGGACAGACACAUGAAGAGCCACACGGAUGAGAGACCACAUAAAUGUCACUUGUGUGGACGGGCAUUUAGAACUGUUACACUGCUGAGAAACCAUCUCAAUACACACACAGGUACUAGACCACAUAAGUGCCAAGAUUGUGACAUGGCAUUUGUCACCAGCGGUGAGCUGGUGCGUCAUCGUCGCUACAAACACACACACGAGAAGCCCUUCAAGUGCUCCAUGUGUGACUAUUGCAGUGUGGAGGUGAGUAAGUUGAAGAGGCACAUUCGCUCUCACACCGGGGAGCGACCCUUCCAGUGCAGUCUGUGCAGCUAUGCUAGCAGAGACACUUACAAGCUGAAGAGACACAUGAGGACACAUUCAGGUGAAAAGCCGUACGAGUGCUACAUCUGCCAUGCCCGCUUCACACAGAGCGGCACCAUGAAGAUGCAUAUUCUGCAGAAACACACAGAGAACGUGGCAAAGUUCCACUGCCCUCACUGUGAUACUGUCAUCGCACGCAAGAGCGACCUUGGUGUUCACUUGCGGAAGCAGCACUCAUUUCUUGAGAAGGGAAAGAAAUGCCGUUACUGUGAUGCUGUGUUCCAUGAGCGUUAUGCUCUCAUCCAACACCAGAAGACUCACAAGAAUGAGAAACGCUUCAAGUGUGAACAGUGUGACUACUGCUGCAGACAGGAACGCCACAUGGUAAUGCACAAGCGUACACACACUGGGGAGAAGCCGUUUGCCUGCAGCCAGUGUGAGAAAACAUUUAGGCAGAAGCAGCUUCUGGACAUGCACUUCAAGCGCUACCACGAUCCCAACUUUGUGCCUACGGCCUUCGUCUGUAACAAGUGCAACAAGACGUUCACUCGCAGGAACACAAUGCUGCGUCACGCUGAGAACUGCACAGGCGAAAUCGAAGAAGAAGAAAAUGGAACUCCUACACCCAAAAAGGCUCGUCGCGGCAGGAAGAGGAAGAUGCAGAGCAGGAGAGAUGACGAUGAUGACACAGAAGAGGAACUGGAUGAGAUAGAGGAGGAAGAGGAGCUAAGCGAGCUUGAAGUGGAACAGGACCCACCAGUGGUCCCUAUCCCAGCCCCUGUGGAGCCACCAGUCAAGAGGAAACGUGGACGGCCCCCGAAGGCCAAACCAGACAUGGCUGCUAUCAUCCGUGUGGAGGACGAGGCCACUGGAGAGGUUGAUGACAUAAUUGUGAAGAAGGAGGUUGGAGCCGAUCAAGAUGACCAGGACGAUGGCAACGAUGAGGCUGUGGAGCAGGUGGUGGUCGGUGGAGGGAAGUCCACCAUCCAGCUGGAGGAGUUGGCCCAGGUGGAGGGGGCUGCCCCAGUAUCACAGCCCUCUGAGGCUCCACCUAACGGAGACCUCACCCCCGAGAUGAUCCUUAGCAUGAUGGACCGGUGAUGGAUGUGAGAGUCGAACCUGUAAACACACACAGAUCCAUCUUCACACCUUCAUUUUUAAUUCUUGUCAUUUAGGAUUACAAACACUUGCAUCCUGCAAAGAAACAAACAUCACUGUUGUAAUUUAAGAUAUGCUUUGUCAUCAUGUUUUGAUAAAUUGGAUUAUUAUGGAUUUACUUUACAAAAAAUGUAUUUCAGUACAUUUGAGUUUGGGGUGGCUGUUAUUGACAGCAGUAUCUUUAGACUCAUAGCUGUUAUGUGGUAGAAUACGUCUACGCUACAUUAUAUACAUUACAAAAUCUCUUCUGACUGGGUACAUUUCUACAUUUUAGUCCACUUAAUGUUUUAACAUGGUAGACUGACUCUUCCUAAAAUCCAGACUGUGUGCGUGUCAUUUUUAUAAAAUCUGGUGUAAUUCUUUUCCUCUCUUUUGAAGCCCUCUUGUUCUUAUGUUUUACUUGUUUAUACACCUGUGUGAGUAAAAUUUGGAAGUAGACAUCAGUCACACCCAUAAUGUGGACUUUCAAUUACUUUUUUGCUGUAAUUCCAGGCAAUAUUCAAUAUCCUCACUGAAGAGCUCUGUACACCUCUCAGUUUGGACAGAAAACGGCUCUCCAGUUAAAUUUGGAGAUAAAAACCGGCUUUUUGGGUUUGACGUUUUGGAGAAAAGCACAUUCGGGCCCAAGUUUAAAGUCCCAGACACAUCAUCAAAAAUGUCAUAAUGCUGCAGAAACGGAGGCAACAUUCAGGAAGAUGAUACUGCUGUUUAUCACAGCCACUUUCAAGAUGAGAACAUUUUAAUCUUUAUUUUUCGGCUUUCUUUUUGUGGUUAGUAAUUCCCUUUUUUUUUAAAGCCAAUUCUAGUUUUUAAAAGCUUAAUAGACUGCUUAUCUUAUGCUCCUUUCCUGCUACUGUAACACCUUUUUAGAUGACUUGUAUGUACCAAACAUUGUCACUGAUAAGUGAAAGGAAUGAACAUUGUUUUGCUCCCUUUUGUAGCCAUUCCACUUUGGGUUGAUAUUUUUCUUUUGUACAAUUUGGCAAUGCGACGUAGCAGCUUGAAUGACAUUUUAAUAACUGUGUGGCAGAGGAGAACGGAUGUAUGACUGUACAACCAAUUUUUUAAAAAAAGAAGUAGAUGUUGACACUUAUGAUUUAGGCUUAUGCAACUGUAAUUUUCUCAAUCAUGGAUAUUUAAAAUCAGUCUGGUUUUGAAGAAGGUUACAUGUGUUAGAAGCGUUGUUAAAGCCCCAAGAAAUUAUGGCUAGAAACAUUGUUUAUCAAAAUAAGAAGAGAAACAACUGAGUGCUAACACAAAUGUCAGUGUAUUUUGCUUGCAGAUCUAUUUUAUUAAAUGGAAUACUUGAUA